AUGGAAAAAGGAAGAACAGAAGAAUCAUUUAAACCAAAGAGACUAGGAGGUACUAUUGAAAGAAGACGUAGUGAAGAUAAAAGAAGAAAUGAAAGUCCUAUGAGAAGAGAAAGAGGUUAUUCUCCUUUUGAAAGAAGAGAAUUUGCCUAUCGAAGUGAUGACCGUAGAGGAGACCAUCUCUUAGAUAGAAGGGAUGACGAUUAUAGAAAGUCAGGAUAUAGGACAAGUAGAUAUGAGCGAAGAGUAGAUAGAAGAGAUUAUAGAAACGACCGCUUUGAACGAAGAGAUGAUUAUAGAACAACUGAUAGUAGAGAUGAUUAUAGAUCAAGUGAUCGUAGAGAUGAUUAU